AUGGACUCUGGAAUAUCCUUGGACAAUAGUUACAAAAUCGAUUAUCCUAAAACAGGUUUAUGUAUAAUAAUUAAUAACUUUCAUAAAAGCAUCAGGAUGUCACCUCAAUCUGGUACAGAUGUAGGCUCAGCCAACCUCAGAGAAACAUUCAUGAACUUGAAGUAUGAAGUCAGGAAUAAAAAUGAUCUUACCCAUGAAGAAAUUUUGGAAUUGUUACACAAUGUUUCUCAAGAAGAUCACAACAAGAGGGGCAGCUUUGUUUGUGGAAGUCUAAGCCAUGGUGAGGAAGGAAAAAAUUUUGGAACAAAUGGAUCUGUUGACCUGAAAAAAUUAACUAAUUUCUUCAGAGGAGAUUAUUGCCAAACUCUGAACUGGGUUUUUCUAACGGGAAAACCCAGACUUUUCAUUAUUCAGGCCUGCCAGGGUACAGCGCUAGACUGUGGUAUUGAGACAGACAGUGGCACUCAUGAGGUAGUGAGCCAGAAGAUACCUGUGGAGGCUGACUUCCUGUACGCAUACUCCACAGCACUGGGUUACUACUCCCAGAGAAAUUCAGAUGGAUCCAGGUUCAUCCAGUCACUUUGCGCUCUGCUGAACGAAUACUCACACAAGCUUGAGUUUGUGCACAUUCUUAUUCAUGUUAACCGGAAGGUAGCCACACAAUUUGAGUCCUUUUCUUUUGACUCCACUUUUCAUGCAAAGAAAUAG